AACCCACCGGAGACCCAUAUCUGCGCUUUGCCCCAGACAAGCUGUACUAUGCCAGGGAGGAGCUGGUGACUCUGAGCUGCCCAAAGGAUCAUGAGCCCUCGCAGCCCAUGAUCCGAUGCCUCUGGAAUGGGAGCCACAGUGUGUGGAGCGAGGCGGCCCCCUGCCAGAGAAAGUGCCAAGAACCAGACUCCUGGAACAGAGGGGCUGAGUUCACACCAAAACAGUCAUCCUACAACCCAGGCGAUGUGGUGAUGUGGAGCUGCAAGGAGGGCUAUUGGCCCUCAGUGCCCCAGAGCACCUGCACAAAGUUGGGGACCUGGAGUGAGACUGUCUAUUGUGUGGAAAAGUGCGGAGAGCCAGUCCCCAGGGAUGUCCGGGCUGAGUUCACACCCAAACAGCCCUCCUACAAGCCAGGAGACUCGGUGACAUGGAGCUGCCCUGAGGGGUAUCGGCCCUCGCUGGCCAACAGCACAUGCACGCAGUCAGGGAGCAGGAGUAUGUGGACUCCGACUGCCUGGUGUGUUGGGUUUUGUACACUUAGUGGAAACUGGCUCCAGCUCAUGUUUACAGAAUCCCUCCCGACAGAGCUUGACGUCGGUAAGAUGGUCCAGGUGAGCUGUCGCCAGGAGCAGUUUGAGUGGGGCUCAGGCUGGCUGCAGUGUGUGGACCGAGCCGGGUAUCCUGAGUGGGACACGAGCCACGUGAGGUGCAUCGAGAAAUGCCGCAGGCCCCAAUGGGACCCCAGACUCCAGGUUGCACCAGACCGACCGUUUUAUAGCCGGAAUGAGAGGGUGAAGCUGAGCUGCCUGGAUGGGUCUCCUCCAUCGCUCCCUGUGAUCUACUGUGUGAGGCGAGAUCAGGAUAAGCAGAAUGUCUGGGCUGUGGGGGAUGGCUGGAGCGGAUGGCGCCACAUUGAAGAGAACGUGAUCUGUGCAGACAGCCCCAACAUCACCACUGGGACACCAAAGAUUACACCCACUAGCAUUAGCCUCAGCUGGAGUUGCACACCCUCUAAGUCCUGCCUGAGCAUUUCAGCCAUGGAGGUCAAGUGCCUGCUGGCUGGACCCCAGGCCAACCCCUGCCGGAGGCCAGCAGACAGCGCAGGGGAGACAUUAGGAGGCCGGGCUGGGACACUUACCUGCAGCAAGCUGCAACCCUUCACCCUCUACAACGUCACCAUCUCUGCACGAUAUGGGGCUACCAGAUCCUCCCCCAGUGCUGUCCUCUACACGCAGCUGCUCAGGACAAAUGAAACAGUGCCAGGCCAGCCCCAGAUAGAGCUGAGGGACCCCAGCACCGGAUGCCUGCAGUGGAAGCAGCUGCCGUCCUGCCACGGGGACAUCCUCGGGUACCAGCUGAACAUCACGGCUUGGAGAGAGAACGAUGAUGGAUUCUUGGAGGAGCAGGUGGUGCAGGUGAACCCAUCGGUCACUGAGUACAGGCUGCCCCACUGGAGACCCGGGACCAACUACACGGUGACAGUCCAGGGCCUUACAGCUGCUGGCCUGGGGAAGGCAUCGCAAUGGGCCUUUGAAACGGAUAUCUCAGGGAAGCAGGAGUCCAAGCCGGCGGGGAUCACGCCAGGGUACGUGGCCAUCGCUGUGGUCAUGCCACUGGUGCUGGCUGCUGGGGCCCUGCUGCUGUGGGUUGUGCUCUCCAGACGGCGCCAGGCCAGAACAAGGAGCUCAGGACAAGAGCACUAUGCAGAGCUACAGCCCCGUGACCCAUCGGACAUCUACUGCCGCAUCCAGGGCCCUCUGCCAGCAGUGCCCAAAGCUGCCGAGAAUGAUAUCCCUGCCUUGACCCUGAAGGCCUGAGCCACUGCCAUGCUGGACACACAUGGAGAGCCUCUCCCCUCUGCAGGCCAAGACAUCAGAGCUACGGUGACAGUUCCUGCACUCUUCAGGCAUCAGGAGAAAGCAGAGGCCUCUGGACCAACUGCGGGGCUUGAGAGUGUGGCAAGAUAGGACCCAUGUGGCCCCCAACCCUGUGCUGUUUUUCCCCUGCCGAAUCCUGCCUUCCAGUCCAGGCAACCUCAGCCUACCUUGGCCACAAAACACACUCUAGUCCUUAUCCUCUAUCCACACAGCAAAAAAUCAGGUUUGGGAAGUCUCCAGUCACCCCCUUCCUACGGCCUCUGCCUCCCCUCCAGCCGGAACCCAGCCACCUCGGGGAAACAGAAACCAAAGAACACAAGUGACAGCCUCAGCUCAAAGGAGUGUCCCACAUGGGACUCGGCGCACCCCUUGGGAUUGGGCUCCAAGUGGAAUGGAAAACACAACAGAAAGAGCCUGGAGGAAUUAGCUUGCUUCCUAUGCAGGUCCCAGCUUCUCUUCCCUCACGGCCAUUUUAAGAGAACUCUAAUGGGUUGGCGAGGCAUGAUUUCCCCUUGACAAAGCUGUGUGGUUUCUUCCCCAGCAAGCCAUGUUCAUCAAU